AUGGCUUCAAACGGGGCUUCAGUUUCGCACUCGACCGCGGACCUAUACGAAUCUGGCUUGACGAUUCCCUCCGACUCAGAAAUUUACUCAGCAAACCCUGACAUCGCCUCAUCGACCUCUUCCGAUUCACCGCUCAUCCUGUACAAGCCCACGACGACAGUCUGGGGCGUCCUCCGCGGCGCAGUGAUCAACCUAGUCCUCCCUUUCGUGAACGGCCUGAUGCUGGGUUUUGGUGAGCUAUUUGCACACGAGGCCGCCUUCCGGCUUGGAUGGUCAGGGACAAAGAUCUUCCCCACGUAUCGGCGAUCUCGUCCAGUGGCUGCAGGCCUGGGUUUAUAG